AUGGAGAAGGACAAUACAACAUUGGUUUUAGAUUUUAUUCUCACAGGACUUACAUAUCAACAGGAGUGGCAAAUCCCACUGUUUCUGAUGUUCUUGGUGAUAUACCUCAUGACUAUGAUGGGGAACCUUGGACUCAUUAUUCUUAUAUGGAAUGACUCUCAACUUCACAUUCCUAUGUACUUAUUCCUUGGAAAUUUAGCCUUUAUUGAUGCAUCAUUAUCAUCCACGGUGACUCCCAAAAUGCUAGUUGACUUUUUCUCCAAGAAUAAGAUGAUAUCUUUUACUGAAUGCAUGAUACAAUUUUUUUCCUUUGCUAUAGGGGUAACCACAGAAUGUUUUCUUUUGGCUUGUAUGGCAUAUGAUCGCUAUGUAGCUAUAUGCAAACCUUUACAAUAUCCAAUUAUUAUGAGCAACAGGCUAUGUUUUUGUCUGUCAGUCUCAUCUUUUGGAGCUGGCAUUUUUCAUGCUUUCCUUCACACAGGUUUGGCGUUGAGAUUAACUUUCUGUAAUGACAAUGUAAUACAACACUUUUAUUGUGAUGUUGAGCCAUUGUUUAAGAUAUCCUGUACUGACCCUUCAAUUAAUAUUCUGAUAGUUUAUAUCGUUGCUGGCUUCAUUCAGGUGGUCACCAUUACGACAGUUCUUGUCUCUUACACAAUUGUUCUAUGUACAAUCUUAAAAAAUAAGUCUUUGGAAGGCAUGAAGAAGGCGUUUUCUACCUGUGGAGCCCAUAUUCUAUGUGUGGCUUUAUAUUAUGUUCCUCUUAUUUUCAUAUAUAUGCAUCCAAGAACAGAACAAUCAAGUGGUCAAGAUAUAACAUUCUCUGUAUUUUAUACAAUCAUAAUUCCUCUGUUAAAUCCAAUAAUAUACAGCCUGAGAAAUAAGAAGGUCAUAGAUUCAUUUGUCAAAAUAUUAAAGAGAAAUAUUUAG